AUGAAUUCAUCAACGAAUUUAAAACAACGUCGAGUUAUGCUUAUUACAACUGAUGAAAAAAUUAUUGAACAGAUUUGUACUAGUAACAAUCUAUCAUCAUCAUCAUCGAAAACAGUCAUUUUAGAAUCUGAAGAAAACAGUAAUGAUCUAUCUGAUUCAUAUGAUGAUAUAGAAUCAAUGAAUCAAGAAGGAAUUAGUACUACGAAAUCGUUAAUUUGUGUUAUUUGUGGUUCAUCAGCUCUCGGACGUAAUUUUGGUGUAAUUUCAUGUGAAAGUUGUAAACUAUUCUUUCGUCGUAAUGCGUUAAAGAAUCCAAUAACGCUUUCCUGUCGUUAUAAAAAUACAUGUACUGUAACAUUAGAAACACGACGACGUUGUUCAGCAUGCCGUCUAAAUAAAUGCCUUAGAUAUGGAAUGAAACGUGAACGACUAAUCAAAGCCGAAAAGAAAUCAAUUGAACGUCGUCAAUGUAGAGAAGAACGAACUAAUAUAUCACCAAUAAAUGAGCAAAAUUCUCAAUUACAAUUAUUAACAUCUCCUGAUUCUUAUUCACCACAAACAUCCUCUCGCAUACAACGAGCGGUAUUAAACUCUGAUGAUCUUCAACGUAUAGAAAUAGUACAAACUGCAUUUGAAAAACGAAUUGAACUCGCUCGUGAUAAUCUUCUAUGGAAUCCAACUGUACACUCAACUAAUCUUUUAGAAUUUUUAAAUUCUCGUUCAGUUCCAGCCAUGCGUCUUGUAGCAUUUUUUAAGCAAAUACCUGAAUUUACUGAAUUAAGUUCUGAAGAUAAAUUUAUCUUAACUAAAUAUAAUCUUAUGCCACUUCUUGUUCCAAGUUUCGCACUCUCAUUCAAAAAAGAUACGAAACAAGUCAUAGAAACAAAUACUGAUAUACCUUGGGAUGAAUCUGCAUUUCAACAAGCUAUUGGAACUAAUUAUCUCUUACAAAUAAAACCAAUCUUUGCACCAUUAGUCGAAAUUGUUCAAUACGAUCAAAAAAUAAUGCAACUAUUUCUUAUUGUAUUAUUUUUAAGUAAAGGUCUUUCAACAGGAGAAGAUACAACUGAACCAAUUCUUAUAGAUUAUAUGGCUGUUUAUCGUGCACAUAAUUUUUAUACGGAAUUAUUAUGGAAUUACAUGGAAGUUACACAUGGUAUUAAAGUAGCUUAUCGUAUAUUUAGUAAACUUAUUUUUCAAUAUUUACGAUGGUUAAAUCUAAGAAGAACAAUAGCACUUGAUGUACAACAAAGUUUACCAAGAACAGAACAAUCGAAUAUUUUUCCAAUGAUGCAAUCAUUAUUUCAUAUUUAA